AUGCAUCUUUCAACCUGUCUCCAAGUUCUGCUCCUAGUAUCCUUCUCAGCCGCCCUCUCCGCUCCCGCCUCAACCAUCCCCUCUUCUUAUCACUCCUCCCCAACCUCGAUUGACAAGCCCAGCCUUAACCCUCGUCUUUCCUGGGACGACAUCGUCAACGGCGCCAAGAGUCUGUACUCGCAAGCCAUGGCCGCCUCGACUACCAUCGAGAUCCAGGGCCCAUCAAGCACCUCGAGCAGCUCGCCCACGACAGGAGCCCAUGGAGAUUUGGAGGGGGGGAAUAAGGAUAAUCACAACAACAGCACUCAGGUGAAUGGUGAUGCGAUGGUUGGAGGUAUUGAAAACAUCCCAUCGACACCUGGCAAUGCGCUUCGUUCUUCUCCUCUCCUUGUUGGCAUCUGGCCUUCCCGGCCUGCCUUUUGGUACCGCCGCUCCGCUUCCAUUCACCAGUUCCUUGAGCCUGGAGGAGCUCACCUCGAAAUCCCUGCACCCGAAACAAGAGUCCCCAAGCGCAACAUCAAGUUUGAUGUCAAGAACCACGGUUCAUGCUCCAUCUUCCAAACGGGGCCUCCCGUUUCCCUCGUGUGCAGUGUCCAGUAUCGCUACGUCUCCCAUCACUCCAGCAAUGGCGAAGACGCGACGGGAAAGCUCUUCUACAGAUCCAUUGCCGAGCACGCCGUCGAGGCGAAAUCCCCGACCCCGCCCGGCGAAGAGCCAAGGGCGUGGUCAGGCCUCGGCAGCCGAAGUGCUGAUGUCGACAAUGUCGAUUCCCAUCUGACCAUACGUGCCAACACCCCCAGUACCCCCGAUCCAGCCAAGGACCCUGACUACAACAAAAAGAACGGGUACUGGGUGCCUAUGGAACCCGUGUAUUAUGUCCUUAUGGGCAUGGGUAUCGUUAUUGCUAUGCACCUUGUCUAUCUCCUUGUGCGGUGUCUUGUCGGUGGGAAGGAUACUGUCAAGUACCUAAAAACGUGGCGGGGGGCGAUUAAGAGAAAUUGGGCAAGGAAGGCGGAGAGGAGGACGGCGAAAAACGAAGUGGUGGCUCCAGCUUAA